UCUAAGCGCCUGUAGCAAUCAAUAGAUAUUGUAGGUGUGUGGAAAGAAAAUGGCGUCCGCUGGCAGAUUAUUUGCUCGAACUCUUGCCCUGACAAGGUUUGGUGCAAGAAAUUGUUACACAGAAACAAGACGUAAUCUAAGGAUUAACAAAGACACCAAGGUUAUCUGCCAGGGAAUCACAGGCAAACAGGGUGCGUUCCAUACAACUCAAGCCCUUGAGUAUGGUACUAAGAUGGUAGGAGGUGUUACACCAGGCAAGAGUGGCCAGGUAUCUUGUGGACUACCAGUCUUUGAUUCUUGUCAUGAGGCUAAAGAAAAGACUGGUUGUGAUGCAUCUGUUAUUUAUGUCCCUGCUCCGUUUGCGGCUGCUGCUGUUAUGGAAGCCAUUGAUGCAGAGAUCGGAUUGGUAGUCUGCAUCACAGAGGGUAUCCCACAACAAGACAUGGUCAAAGUUAAACAUAGACUUAUGAGACAAAAUAAGACCAGGCUUGUCGGACCCAAUUGCCCAGGAAUCAUUGCACCCGGAGCUUGUAAGAUUGGUAUCAUGCCAGGUCAUAUUCAUAAAGAAGGGAAGAUCGGUAUCGUCUCUCGAUCAGGAACACUCACGUAUGAAGCAGUCGCACAGACAACCGCUGUAGGUCUUGGCCAGACAUUGUGUGUUGGUAUUGGAGGAGAUCCUUUCAAUGGAACCAACUUUGUAGAUUGUUUAGAUAUCUUCCUUGAUGACCCUACUACCGAGGGCAUUGUAUUGAUUGGUGAGAUUGGUGGAGGAGCCGAAGAGAAGGCUGCAGAGUUCCUCAAGCAACAUAAUUCAGGUCCUGAUGCUAAGCCAGUAGCAGCAUUCAUUGCUGGUUUGACGGCUCCACCCGGCAGGAGAAUGGGACAUGCUGGAGCUAUCAUCUCAGGUGGAAAGGGUGGAGCUACGGAGAAGAUCCAAGCCUUGAAGGAUGCGGGUGUCGUCGUCACUAUGUCUCCAGCACAAAUGGGAACAACAAUACUUAAAGAAAUGGAAAAGAUUGGCCAGGCAUGAACCCUGUAGAAGAAGACAAGUUUUAACAACCAUCAUAUGAAUAGCAUUUCACUAUUUAAUAGGGAAAAUAUAUUCAUAUGGGAAUCAAAUUUUGAAAAUGAUAUCUGAUUUUCACAAACGAAAUAAUAAUAGGGUAUUAUAUCAAAGUUGUCUUGUAGAUUUGAAAUAUUUUGUGUGAUUUAUUGAUUUAGAUAUUAAUUGAAAUAUCCCUUCCUGUUAUCAAAUUUUAUCAAGUGAAUUGAAUGUAAACAUAACAAUAUAAAACGCAAAUUAAGUGGUAACUGAUGUAUGAUAUCAUCUACCCCAGCUUGAUGUUGAGCUCAAUCCAGGUACCCUGGUUUGCUACUUGUGUGCAUACAAACUUUGAAAAGUUAGCAAUGAAAAUGUAUUCAAAUUGAGUAAACCAUAUAUAACGCUGCCAGCAGCAGUUAUUACAAAGAGGAGAACUUGUCAAUGUACUUUUUCUUGAUUAUAUUAUAUGUGAAUUACAAUUUGAAGGUAAGAUUUGAAAUCAUUUUUCUAAGAAGUAAGAUGUUCUCAUCUUAUUGACAAGAUUGCAUGAGAAUACUAAUUAUCCAGUUGAUUGAAUACUUGUUCUGUAGCAUUCCACAAAGCCACAUAUGAAACAAAGAAAGAAUCUGGGGUGUUAAGAUCUGAAAGUUUUGCUCAUAUAUCCAUCAUGCAUUUUAUCUUGUCAAUUAUUUGAUCUCCUUCAAAGAAAUUGUGCGAGGCGAAAGUCACAGUUUUAUUAUGUAGACUGUACUCAUACAAACUUAACCUCAAUAUUUUAAAUAGAAAUAAUGUCAACCUCAAUAUAGAAAUGAGGUUGCAACAAAGUCCUGAAUAUAUGAUGGUUUCUGUAAAGAUGUACAGAUAUAUCACAGAUAUGCUUGGGGUCACUGAGCUUGCUUGUUAAGCCCAGGGUAUUAACAGCAACUAGGAGAAGAGAGAAAUAGUGAAGGAAAAUUGAGAUAUUUUCUCUUUUUAUGGUUGAAUAAAUUUAUUGUUCCAUUGUA